CUCGCGCGCAACGAUCAUCGUGCGCGUGUCACGUGUUUCUUUGCUUUCGAUAUCGCUCGCCAGCAUGAAUCCAUAGAUUUUUGCGUUCAUGGCAGCGAUGGAGAACGGAGAGUGCGAUGUUCAGGAGGCCCUCGGGUCCAUCAACGUUCAUAAUUUCACUGAGAAGAUUCUAGAGCAGAACGUUCAUUUCCACGUGAUGAAGUUCGGCGGUGGAUUUUUCCUCUGGGUCGGUUCUAAUGCGGUUCUGUCCAACCUGGCCGUAUCCAUCAGCAGUAAAUAUGAUUCAAUGCCUCUGUCCACUCUUGUGAUGGGUGACACAUCAGACACAACAGCAAGCUCUCUCUCACAAAGACUUGCAAAGAAGACCAAGAAACAAGUAUUUGUAAGUUACAAUUUACCCAUGACGGACUCGAAUCUCACGCUGUUGGUGGAGAACACAAUCAAAAAAGAAAUGGAGCUUCACCCUGACAAGUUUUAAACACACACUGUUUGACUCUGCACUUUUUUCAUAUGGUUAUUUUGUAUAUAUCUUAAUAAAUUAACUGAAAACUUA